GGCAUGUGUGUUUUGAGUUUCCUUUAACUUUGUUGUUGUGAAUGUUUCAUAUAAAUAAAGAUGUUACGACAUUGUAGCCGAAUCGGAAUUGAAUAUUUUCAAUUAAAUUUUAAUAAAUGUUCGGUCCGUCACAUGGCUGGACAUUCAAAGUGGGCAAAUAUAAAACAUAUAAAAGCCCAGAAGGACGGAUUGCGAGCAGCCCUAUUCACAAAGAUUGCUAGGCAACUGCGAUUGGCUGUGCAGGAAGGUAAAUCCGCGGACCCUGCUGUGAACUCUCUCCUACGAUCAGAAAUAGAUAAUGCGCUGAAGAAGAAUAUGCCAAUCGGAACAAUACAGAACACAAUAAAGAAAUGCCAGCAUAACAAGGCACAAUUGAAAAAACAUCGACUCGACAUAAGAUUCAAAAGAAAUGUUUAUAUGAUUUGUACCAUUUAUACUGACAACAUGGCUGCCGUUAAGAUGGAUGCAACCGCAACGAUAAAAAAGGCUGGUGGUUCAUUUGUGGAUGUGAGCCAUAUGUUUCAAGAUUUUGGCCUUAUCCAAACUCGUUACACUUCAGAGUUAGACAAAAAUCAGCCCAGCUUAGAAGAAAAAGUAACUGCAGAUGCCAUUCAGUUUGGAGCAGAAGACGUAGAAAUUGUUGAUGUAACAAAUGCUGCGGUAAAUUUUUUUUGCAGUCCUGUUAUUUUGAGUGGCCUAAGCAGGACAUUGGAGCAAAAUGGAUACAGCAUUGAAAAUAGCGAACAUGUAUUUACACCAAACAGCCUUGUGGUGCUAGCUGAAGAUGAACAGAAAGCAUAUGAUGCAUUUGUACAAAAACUACGGCUUGUUCCUGGCCUGGAAGACAUUUAUGACAACGUGGAGUAAAGUCAUAGCAUAUUUAAAUAUAUAUAUAUAUAUAUGUGUACUUGCAAAUAUUCUAUGUUAUGUCAUGUGUAUUUAAAGAUGGGUGAGAAAUAUGUUAUAAAUUUAAAAACUAUUUAAAUUUAUUGAGCCUACUGAUAAUAUAACAACAUUUAUGCAAUAAAA